UUCACUUAAAAGAGCCGGCUCAAAGAACCGGCUCGUUCGUGACCUACACAUCACUACCAGUUACGUCAUAGAGGAGGCGUUGGAGCAGAGUUUCGACCGGUUGAUUUCCCGAAGGAGAGAAGAAGAAGAAAAAGAAGAAGGUGUGAUCUAUAUUUACCUGUCCUGUCUCACCUGGGCGCUCUUAUUCUACAUGUCGGUCGUCGAGUUUCACCUGCUGUAAGGACGGUAAACACUGGCUUCACUCAGGAGCACCACGGAGAAGGUGUUAAAGGAUGCUAAGAGGAUCCUGACUCGUGGCCCCGACAUGAGUGUGACAGCAUGGUUCCUGGUCAGCAGCUCUGGCACACGCCACCGGUUGCCACGGGAGAUGAUCUUCGUUGGCAGGGAUGACUGCGAGCUAAUGCUGCAGUCUCGUAGCGUGGACAAACAGCACGCUGUGAUCAACUACGACCCAAACACAGAUGAGCACAUGGUGAAGGACCUGGGCAGCUUGAACGGGACGUUUGUGAAUGACCUAAGAAUCCCAGACCAGACGUACAUCACCCUCAAGCUCUCUGAUGUCAUUCGUUUUGGCUAUGAUGCUCAUGUAUACAUCUUGGAGAGGAGUCAACACAAGGUCCCGGAGGAAGCUCUCAAACAUGAGAAGUACACCAGCCAGUUGCAGCUCGGUAUAAAAGCCCUGCAGGCCAAGGUGAAGGAAAAACAGCAGCUCCAGAGCUCAGAGAAGAGCAGAGGCCCUGCUUCCAAACUGCAGGACAAAGCUGAGCGAAAAGCCCAAUCUCUGUCAGCUGCCACAGAUUUUCCGAUAUCCAAGCCUACUCCUCUCUAUGGCCAACCGUCCUGGUGGGGGGAGGAUGAGGACGCAGCCAACAAAAAGAAGAACAGAGGAGGAAAAUUGCCAGAACAGGAGUCUCCAGAGCCUGCUAAAGACAUGUCCAGAUAUGAGGGUAACGGUUCUAUGUCCGAAAAUCAGGCCAAGUCCAUCUUCUCCUACCACCGGGAGCCCAGCUACUUUGAGAUCCCAACAAAGGAAUUACAGCAGCGACCUGCCAAGAAACCCGAGUCGCAAGUCCAUGAGGUUCCCACAAAGGACACUCCAGAUCCCACUGAGGUCGUCUCAUCCACCCCGACACCUCCCGUGGUCCAAAGCCACGCCUCCUUCACCAUCGAAUUUGAUGACUGCACGCCAGGUAAAAUGAAGAUCAAGGACCACAUCACCAAGUUUUCUCUCCGCCAGCCGCCCAAGCCAUCUUCCACAGAGCACGUCAGCGCACCCACUGAGGUGGUGUCAGCAGAAAGCAAAGUUGCUGAUUGGCUGGUCCACAGCAACACUAGCAUGAUGAGGAAGAGGUCACAGGCUGAAGACACGUAUAGCACAAACAGUGACCCAUCACUUCUGAAGAUCACAAAGACAAACUACCGUGAAGAUGACACUCACAGUGAUUCAGAAGAUCCUGCAAUCAAUGGAAGUGGUUUCCUCCAAUCAGAACCUCAGAUUGACUCCCAGGAGUCUCGACAACCCCUGAGAGCCUCCCCGCCACAACGUUUCACCUCCCCUGACUCUGAGGAGCUCUUGUCCUCCUCUCCACCAGAGUUUCAGUCUCUACCCAAUCUUGGCAAGGCUGAGCCUCACAAAGCCUUUGUUAUUGAAUUCUUUGAUGAUAACCCAAGAAACAAGCGCUCCCAGUCCUUCACCAAUAACACAUCUCCACCUGAGCCCUCAGGCCUCAGGGUCCAGCUGGCGAGGAAGAGCUCAAGCCCAAAUGCGGAGAGACGAGCCCCGUCUCCAGCCUCCUCCACUCCCCCACCCAAACGAUACACCGUCCCCCUGACGAGCUCUUCUUCUACAGGCUUCUCAAGAGCUGGCUCUCUACGAAGGGAGAAGACGGAGGACCGGAUCAGCUCCAGCUCUUCCUCUCGCUCCUCUUUUUCAUCUGUGAAAGUAAAGCCAUUUUGCAGUGUGGGCCGGAGGUCCAAACUCGCCCAGGAAUUUACUACUGAAUUUCUCAAACAAACAAAGGAGUCCUCUUCUUCCUCUUCCAGGUGGGAGAAAAAUACAUUUAGUCCCCUUUCAAGAGCUAAAACGGAGACAGUGGUCAAAUCCCAGUCGAGUCCCCCUCCAUCUAAAGCUUCCUACCAGCCACAGACCUCCUCUCCUAUCGACCAGCCUGUUCCCCUCACGGCCCCCGUGAUGCCCGUGGCGUUUCAGGGUGUGGAGGACAAGAGCCCCCAUGUCGGCCCCAGGAACGAAGAGGAGGACACUCUGAGUGACGCAGGAACCUACACCAUUGAAGCAGAUAUUCAAGAUAGAGAGCUCGAAGAGGCGCGGAGCAAGAUUGACCAGGUGUUUGGUGUUUUUGAGAGCCCAGAGCGAACCGACCAGAGCGAAGCAGAAACAUCAUCGACAUUUAGUCCUGUUAUUGUUGAGAGCAGGGAGCAGCAUAGGCAGAGUAGCAGUGGGGAGGUGAGGCCAGCUCCAGAACAGGGACAGAGUCUGGUGAAGGUUCAGUCACCAGGUGCAGUGUUAAAGGGGGCUCCUAAGUGGAUGUCUUGCUGGGCCAGCUUGGCAGACAGCUACACAGACUCCGGCCCUUCGUCUGGCCUCUUUGACAUCCCUUCCCAGAUGGAGCUGUCAGGAGGGGCACGAAGCACAAUCAUCCACAAGGCCACGCUCGGCCGACACCACGACAGCACAGACUCCGACGGUUCAAGAGCUCGGCGUGUCCUGCCCCAGUUACCGCUGGGGGAGAAGGGUGACAUUCCAACUCCCAGCAUUCAUGUUCAUUAUGAACCGCAUUCAACAUUUGAUGUCGGAGAGAAUAGCUUGGUGGCCUCCAGGUCUCAGGAUAGCCUUCACAGGUUAUCAGUGCAGGACGACGUCGAGCCUGACAGCCUGAGUGAUGCCAGCAAGUCAGACGAUGGUUCCAUCAUAGAGCAAUGGAGGAGACCGCUGUUAGUCAGAGAAGAGAAGACAACUGAGGACAGACUUUCAGCCCCGUCUACAUCAUUCUACAUCGGGUCAGAGGAGGCUGAGUUCCAACAUGAACAUAGGGGCUCAAAUCCCACCAGUCCUCAGACUGAAAUAAAACCUGCAAUCAAAACUUUCUCAACAGCCACCCUAACCAAACAGAAAGGCAGCCAGGACACUAAAAGGGUCAAGCCCAGUGUGUCGGCUCCUGUCCUGCGCCAGAUUACACAGAGUCCAGAGUCCAAAGAGGGCAGUGUAUCUUCAUUAAUCAGACAAGAGAGCUUCACCAAGGAGCGGCCUAGCAAUGACAGAUUGCCCAACAUCUCCAGCCUGCCUGUUCAGAGAAGCCCCGACCCUGAAUCAUUCCAGGGAACCAGUGAUCAUGACACUCAUUCUUACCUCAAAGAGACGGAGGAUGUUCUGGCGGUUCUGGAGGCCAAAAUCCAAGCAGGACAAUCAGGAACGACACCGUCUCCAAUAAUGGACUCUCUUUCUGCGGAGUCUGAUGUAGAUACCUCCAGCACAGUCAGCCAACAUAGCAAUAAGACCAGGCCAAACAUAGUGACUAAGAGACCCCCUGUUAGUGGCCUCCAUAGGGAGAGGUCUUCAGCCAGUACAACAAGUCAGGACUCAAGUCGCCAGUCCUCUACAUCAGAGAAGUGGCGCUCUCCGGGAGAAGACAGCAACAAUAAGACUGAGUCUUUCAGGAGACCGGUUGGACUGAGACAUAAUGUUGGGAAACGUGGCUCCAUAGACCUAAGUGACGACCCUCAGAGCCUACUUUACUCCGAUCAGGAGUCUAGCAGCCACCAAACCCGCAGAAAAUACACAGUGCCCCUUCAGAAGGAGGACGGCAAGAUCUCAAGUGUGUCCCUGGCCUUGAGUCGUGCCAACAGCUUGUCAGCCCCGAGACCCACCAGAGCGUCCAUGCUCCGCCGGGCCCGCCUGGGAGAAGCUUCAGACAACGAGGGCACGGAGACAGACAGGGUGUCCCAGGAGGCGGCCAACGCCCCAGCUAAGCAACCCCAGGAAACCAAGAAACUCUCCAGGCUGGACAUGCUGGCGAUGCCUCGUAAGCGGACGAGCUCGUUCAACACAACCAGCGACACCGAGGCCUCUUCCGCCCCACAGUGGACCGGCAGGACCACGGGAUUCUCCAACCGCAGCACAGAGUCUGGCGGCAGCUCAGUUCGAAGGGCCUCUGCUCCGACGUCGAAGCCCGUAGAGAAGCAGCAGAAAGCACCGCCCACCAGGACACCAGUCACUCGUGGACGUUCAAGCAGUGUCAAAUAUGCUGGCAGCACCGCAAGCUCCAGGAGACGUCAGAAAGGCACUGACUAUACCUCUACCUCAGAUGAGGAGUACGACUCAAACCAGAGCACUCCUAAACACAAACGCUCCCAACCUUCCUCAGCUUCCCAUAGCCCGCGUAAUCCGCAUCGGCCUCAGCCGGUGGUCGCCCUGCAUCCGAAACCCCGCAGCAGAGAUUCUGAGGAGGAGAGCCAUGAGGGAGACACCUACCACUGGUCCAACCACAGUUCUCAGAUUGCACGGUUGAGUCAAGACCUGGCUAAAGACCUAGCUAUUUUGGCCAGAGAGAUCCAUGGUGUGGCAGGUGACGGUGAUCCACAAAACCUCGAAGUGGAGAGCAGUGCGCCCGUCUCCCCAGUGACCACUCAUGAAAAGCUGGUUCAUCGUAUCCCAGAGGCUGGAUUAAACUACCAGAGAGUCCCACCAAAUUCGACAUCUACAAGGGAACCUGACCAGAGCUCGAGUGACCAUGAACAGAACUCCGGGCAGCGAGCUCGGAGCAUAGACGAGGUCAUUGUGGACAAUCUGAUGCUCAAUCCGGUGUCUCAGGUUACCAUGGCCAUCAAAGAAAACACUGAGCAACUUGCCGACAAAAUUAAGGCACUGUUCCAGGAUAGGAUGGAUAUCUGGGAAGAAAUUGAAGCCAAGGUUAACUCUGAAAAUGAUGUUCCUGUUAUCAAAACCUCCAACAAGGAAAUCACAUCGAUCUUGAAAGAACUCAGGAGAGUUCAACGACAACUUGAGGUCAUUAACACAGUCAUGGAGCCCAGUGGGCAGCCUGAAGCAUCCAAGGCUUCAGCCUCUGCGGUCUCCUCCUCAUCUGGAGCUCGGCCCCCCAAAGCUCCCUCCUCUCGAGACUGGAGAACAGUCCACUCUAUCUCCAGACGCGGCGGCGGCCCGAGGCCCAGUGAGAGUGUCAGGAGAGCAGCUGUGACACCGGAAGAUCUCAGAUCGGGAUAUUUGGUCUGAGGUGUGUGACACAAACGCGCAGGUUCCACCAGUGCUGCUGUAACUAACUGCACAAACACAGGUGUUGAGCACACAAUGAAAGCGAGAAGGGGGGAAGUGAGACUGUCUACACAGAACUGUAGCCUCCCGUACAUCCAAACAUACACACUACUGCACUAUGAGCACUACACACCUGCACAGUGAAGCCUGCACUAAACGCCCUUAGAGUACGCUCAGUGAGAGGCCUACAUAUGAGGUGAAGAUUUAAGGAAGUAUCAAAAUACUUCAAUAACCCUCACCUCUGUCAGCCCUCAAAGCUAUACUUGAUUCUCUGUGUGUUAGAGGUUGACCUCUUAAUUUGCCAAUGACAUCACCUACAUUGCUGAUUUUAAAAGCUCAUUGUAUUUACUUGGUUUAUUUGAAAACCAGCCUGAGCCUAAUCAUCUCAGGGAAAUCUACUAAUAUAUAAGAUUUCUAUGUUUAGUGACAAAUCACAUUUUUGAAUUGUUAAAUGAUAUUUGUAUUUUGGGCUAGAAAGAGCUGCAGUAACACCAGCAGAUCUUUGUGUACUUGUAUCCUCAGUGAACCUUUUCCUUCUAUAUUUUCUUCCAUGUUUUUGUCUUUGUUUCUCUUGGUGGACCAGAUUUAUCGAAGAAUGUAAAAAGUAUUUAUUAGGGGUCUUUUGUGAGACACUGUAACCGAGACAACAUGACUUUGGGAGAGUUAGUAGACUCUAGUGCCAGACCAAUUAAUGUUCUAUUACACAGUCGCUACCAGCCAAUUUAUUCUGUUAACUUUCCCAGUGGAGCGACUCUGUCCAGGCCCCUCAUCAGUAGAUGGACUCUAUAUUUUGUCCAGCUGGAUAUAAAAGUCCCUCUUGAAUGUGUGGUCUGACUGGUGGGAGGGAUUCAGUUCAGUCACCUGGCAACCACAAUCUCAAGUGGCUAUAAAACAAGAGUUUUCAAGCACUCCUGGCCUCUCUACCUUCUGUGUUUUUAUUUGUGUCAAACACAGUCGGGAGCUUGGAAGUAGUUUUUUUGUUGUGUUGUUUUCCAUGCCUGAAGAGCACCGUCAGCUCCGAGGUUUGGCCAAAGAUGAUCAUAAAAGGACCGACAGGAAUGAGUCUCCUUUAUCGGUGUUUGUGCUGAGCUCAUCACAUCACCAAGCCUAAACCUCCAUAUGCUCGAGAGCAAUCGGAGUACUGUGGUAAGAUUUGGGAUUUCCUCUUGAGUCACAAGGUCACUUCUGAUGUGUCAUCAUGACAGGAGAAGUAAUGUAAUUUUAGCCUUUAAGUUGACAAAGUCAAUCGUGUGAAACUGUAAAUCAAAUGAUUAGUUUGUGGCAUUCUGUUGUUCAGUAUGUAAAUAUCUAAAGAUAUCUGUACGUCGUACAAAUUACCUCUCAAUCUUGUCUUUUUGCACUAAUGUGGUACAACAUUAUCCCCUCAACCUGAUGCUGCAAACUGAAAGCCUUUACUCUCCUGCAAAAGAUUGUAAUCAUUUGAUGCUGUUGAGGUUGAAACAGGAGAGAAGGCGACCCAGUUCACCAGCAAGUUUCUGUUUCCCCUCUUCCCAGUCCAGAUUGUACAUGUGAUUGUAAUUGGGAAGUACCUAUAAGUGCCACAGCGCUGUGUGGGACAGUGGUUGUUUACAAACUCAAGCAAAAGAUGUAAUGUUUGUCUUGUUGACUUCACUCGCUCAAAGUGUUGCUGCUAUUCUUCCUCUCUGGGAUAGUAUUUCCCCUUUUGCUUUAUUCCAACUAAGUCAAAGCUACAGCAGGUUUGAGAGCUGAAAUGUAAUUUCUCGUUUGUCAAAUUUGUGUCCCUCUUUUGAUAUUCAACUUAUGUUUCCCCUACUUUCACCUAGAAUGACUUGGCUGUCUUCUUGCUGUCUUGUUAACUGGUAUUUAUGUUUGGUUAUUUGUGUUAUUUGUUAGAUGAUGAUUGAAGGUUUUUCAAAUAAAUUUGAUUAGUCAAGGA